UCCCGCGUUGUUUUUCUCUGUUGGUGUCUCAGAUACUCGUUGAAUUCCAUUUCCAAUCCCUGUCUAGAUUCUCUGUCCCCUCUUUCUCACAGUCAAUUUUUUCCCUUGUUUUUUAGUUGUUACACUAUCUGCUGUCUGUCACGGAGCUACCACCCCUCUUACGGCUUUCCCUUCUUUUUUUUUACAGCCAGACCCCAUCUGUUGCGAAGCUCAGUUUCUCAAGAAAAGAAUCAUUGAGGCUUCCUUCAUUCAUUAAACCCACCAAAGGCACUUGCUUUCUUAAUUAGCCUGCUGCAUUUAAUCACUCUCCAUUCUCCAACACUCCCAUGCCUUUAAAUUUCUAUGUUUUCCUCCUUCUCUGUCAUUGACUCGGUACUGUGUGUGAGGAUGGGUGUUUCUUGUGAAUGUGAUGGUACCUGAGGGUGUGAGGUGUUUCUGUGUUUCAAUGUGAAUUUGUGUUAUUUGAAGAUUCAGGUGGUUGUGGUGGUGGUGAGUGCUGCUUUCGAUGGAUACUAAGGGGAGACUUGUUGCGGGCUCACAUAACCGGAAUGAGUUUGUUCUCAUCAAUGCUGAUGAAACUGCAAGGGUGAACGCUGUCACAGAAUUGAGUGGGCAAAUUUGCCAGAUCUGUGGGGAUGAGAUAGAGAUUACUGUGGAUGGUGAACCGUUUGUUGCAUGCAAUGAAUGUGCAUUCCCGGUGUGUAGACCUUGCUAUGAGUAUGAAAGAAGAGAGGGGAACCAAGCUUGCCCUCAGUGCAAAACCAGAUACAAGCGCCUAAAGGGUAGUCCCAGAGUUGAGGGUGAUGAGGAAGAAGAGGACAUUGAUGAUUUGGAAAAUGAGUUUGACAUUGGAAGCAAUAUCAGGCAGGGUCACGUUGAGGCCAUACUCUCUUCUCACCACAACACUGGCCAUGGUUCACAAAUGAAUGCUCCAGGCAUCACCACACCAUCAGAGUUUGAUGCAUCUUCUGUGGCUGCUGAUAUUCCUCUACUCACAUAUGAUCACGAGGAUAUUGGGAUUUCUGCUGAUAAACAUGCUCUAAUUGUUCCCCCAUUUAUGUCUCGUGGGAAACGCGUCCAUCCUAUGCCUUUUCCUGACUCAACUGUACCAGUUCAACCCAGGCCUAUGGAUCCUAAAAAAGAUUUAGCGGUUUAUGGAUAUGGAAGUGUCGCAUGGAAGGAACGAAUGGAGGACUGGAAGAAAAGGCAGAAUGAAAAAACUGAGGUAGUUAAGCAUGAACGGGGUCACGAUGGUGGGAAAAAUGGUGACGAGCUUGAUGACCCUGAUUUGCCAAAAAUGGAUGAAGGGAGGCAGCCACUGUGGAGGAAGUUGCCAAUUAGUCCAAGCAAGAUCAGUCCAUAUCGAAUUAUAGUAGUACUCCGGAUUGUUGUUCUUGGCCUAUUUUUUCAUUAUAGAAUUCUCCACCCGGUCAAUGACGCAUAUGCAUUGUGGCUGACAUCAGUAGUUUGUGAAAUCUGGUUUGCCGUGUCAUGGAUUUUGGAUCAAUUUCCCAAAUGGUGCCCAAUUGAGCGAGAAACAUACCUGGAUCGUUUGUCAUUGAGGUACGAGAAAGAAGGAAAGCCAUCUGAAUUAGCUGAUAUGGACGUUUUUGUUAGUACAGUUGACCCUAUGAAAGAACCUCCCCUUAUAACUGCAAAUACAGUUCUAUCCAUCCUUGCUGUGGAUUAUCCAGUGGAGAAAGUUGCAUGUUAUGUCUCAGAUGACGGUGCAGCUAUGCUUACAUUCGAAGCCCUGUCAGAGACUUCUGAAUUCGCAAGAAAGUGGGUUCCAUUUUGUAAGAAGUUCAGCAUUGAGCCUCGGGCACCUGAAUGGUAUUUUGCUCAGAAGGUUGACUAUUUGAAAGACAAAGUGGACGCAAUAUUCAUCAGGGAGCGUCGUGCUAUCAAGAGGGAGUAUGAAGAGUUCAAAGUGCGUAUCAAUGCAUUGGUUGCAAUGGCACAGAAGGUUCCUGAGGAUGGCUGGACAAUGCAGGAUGGGACUCCGUGGCCUGGAAACAGUGUCAGGGAUCAUCCUGGAAUGAUUCAAGUUUUCCUUGGUCAAAAUGGUCUUCGUGAUAUUGAAGGGAACGAGUUACCUCGUCUUGUCUAUGUGUCUCGAGAGAAAAGACCAGGAUUUGAACACCAUAAAAAAGCUGGUGCUAUGAAUGCCUUGGUGCGAGUCUCAGCAGUCAUUUCAAAUGCUCCAUACCUACUCAAUGUCGAUUGUGAUCACUACAUAAAUAACAGCAAAGCACUUCGUGAAGCCAUGUGCUUCAUGAUGGAUCCUACAUCAGGAAAAAAAAUAUGCUAUGUACAAUUUCCUCAAAGAUUUGAUGGGAUUGAUCGUCAUGAUAGAUACUCAAAUCGCAAUGUUGUUUUCUUUGAUAUAAACAUGAAAGGUUUAGAUGGCAUCCAAGGACCAAUAUAUGUAGGAACUGGGUGUGUUUUUAGAAGGCAAGCACUCUAUGGAUAUGAUGCCCCUGCUAAGAAGAAACCACCAAGGAAGACUUGUAACUGUUGGCCCAAAUGGUGCUGUCUGUGUUGUGGAUCUAGGAACAAAAAUAGGAAAGUGAAGUCAAGUCCAAGAAAGAAAAUAAAAAACAAGGAUGCUACAAAGCAAAUACAUGCACUAGAAAAUAUUGAAGAGGGGAUUGAAGGAAUUGACAGCGAGAAGUCGUGGUUAAUGUCUCAACUAAAAUUUGAGAAAAAAUUUGGGCAAUCACCUGUUUUCAUAGCUUCAACGCUUAUGGAAGAUGGGGGUAUUCCAAAAGGAGCAACAUCGGCAUCACUCUUGAAAGAAGCCAUUCAUGUCAUCAGUUGCGGUUAUGAAGAUAAGACAGAGUGGGGGGAAGAGGUUGGAUGGAUAUAUGGUUCUGUUACAGAAGAUAUAUUAACAGGUUUCAAGAUGCACUGUCACGGUUGGCGAUCUGUGUAUUGCAUGCCUAAAAGGCCUGCUUUUAAGGGCUCAGCUCCCAUAAAUCUUUCAGAUCGUCUGCAUCAAGUUCUCCGUUGGGCACUUGGAUCUGUUGAGAUCCUAUUGAGUAAGCAUUGCCCUAUAUGGUAUGGUUAUGGCUGUGGCUUGAAAUGGCUGGAGCGCUUUUCUUACAUAAACUCAGUAGUUUAUCCUUUAACAUCACUUCCCUUAAUUGCAUACUGCACCCUGCCGGCUGUCUGUCUACUCACUGGAAAGUUCAUAGUCCCAGAGAUUAGCAACUACGCCAGUAUCAUUUUCAUGGCGCUUUUCAUGUCCAUAGCUGCAACAGGCAUCCUUGAAAUGCAGUGGGGAGGUGUUGGUAUACAUGACUGGUGGAGGAAUGAGCAAUUCUGGGUGAUCGGUGGUGCCUCCUCACACCUCUUCGCUCUCUUUCAGGGUUUGCUCAAGGUUCUGGCAGGAGUUAACACAAACUUCACAGUCACAUCCAAAGCUGCAGAUGAUGGAGACUUUGCUGAACUCUACCUCUUCAAGUGGACAUCAUUGUUGAUCCCUCCUUUGACCUUGCUCAUCAUUAACAUAGUUGGAGUUAUUGUAGGUGUUUCGGAUGCAAUAAACAAUGGUUAUGAUUCGUGGGGUCCUCUGUUUGGCAAACUAUUUUUUGCUCUUUGGGUCAUUGUCCAUCUUUACCCCUUCCUCAAGGGAGUUAUGGGAAAACAGGAAGGUGUUCCCACCAUCAUUUUGGUCUGGUCUAUUCUUCUGGCUUCAAUCUUCUCACUUCUAUGGGUGAGGAUCAACCCAUUUUUGUCAAAAGAUGACAUUGUGUUGGAACUUUGUGGGUUGAAUUGUGACUAGGAAAUGCAGGUCUUACAUGGUUAGAUAUACUUUUAUGCAGAAAAUGACUGCAAUAUGCACAAAGUUUUUUGUCAAAGUCGACAUUGCAUGCAGUAGAGUCUAUUGGUGAUAGCCAUUGCUACCCAAAAGGGCAAUUUUAGAGGGGUGUGUGUGUAGAUACAGAUGGCUAUGAUCUGACACAAAAUAUUUGUUUUUAGAGCAUUAUUCUUUGUUGUACGUGUGCAUUCUGUGCGUUUUAGAAGAUUGAAUUGCCGAUCACUGAGGUGGUUGUAAUUUACAAUUUCCUUCUGAA